UGUCUGUUGUUUGUUUGUAUGUAUUCAUUGGCUAUCAAAAGUUUUUUCCCCUGUUUCACAGCUCCAUUUUACCACUUUACAAUUUUACAUCUACAUAAUUAACUAAUCUACUGUUCACCCACAAUCAUAUGAGGACAAUCUCCAUUUAAAGCUUCCACAGACUUACAUCUGCACAUUUAUUUUCAUUCAUUCAUCUAUCCCUCUUACAGCUCUCAACUGUUACUACCAGAUGUCCAGAUCCUUCCCUCUUUUUUGUUCAUACUAACCACAUACCCCUCUCCUCUUUUUUAGCACCUUAUUUACUAGCACUUUAUUUUCUUUCUUUAAAAAAUAUAGCAUUAGUCCAAUUUGCUACUUCUUUUCACUAUUUUCUUUAGAUUCAAGAAUGGACCACUUGAGAAUCAAAGCUCCACGUUUUGCUUAUGUUUUCUUGAUCUUUCUCACUCUUUCAUGGGGUUUACAGAAUGCUUAUGGACAGCAAAAGAAUCCCAUUAGAACUGUUGUUGUGUUGGUGUUGGAGAACAGAUCUUUUGAUCACUUGCUUGGAUGGAUGAAGAAGUCAGUGAAUCCAAGAAUCAAUGGUGUUACUGGCAAAGAGUGUAAUCCAGUGUCGACUAAAGCUCAAGAUACUGAAACUGUUUGCUUUACUGAUGAUGCACAGUAUGUAGAUCCAGACCCUGGCCACUCUUUCGAAGAUGUGGAGCAACAGGUAUUUGGCUCUAGCUCACUUCCAUCAAUGUCAGGUUUUGUUGAACAAGCACUCACCAUGUCUGAUAAGAAUCUAUCAAGAACUGUCAUGAGCGGAUUUAAGCCCGAAAAUGUCCCAAUUUACGCUACAUUAGUCCGUGAAUUCGCGGUAUUUGAUAGGUGGUUCAGUUCAAUUCCAGGUCCAACACAACCAAACAGGCUAUUUCUAUACUCUGCAACAUCUCAUGGUUCCACUAGCCAUAACAAGAAGCAACUAGCUACAGGAUACCCACAAAAAACCAUAUUUGAUUCGCUACACGAAAACGGAUUGGACUUUGGUAUUUACUACCAGAACAUACCAGCAACUUUGUUUUUCAGAAAUCUAAGGAUGUUGAAGUACAUGUUCAAGUUCCACCAGUAUGAUUUGAAGUUCAAGAAAGAUGCUAAAGACGGAAACUUGCCUAAUUUGACAGUGAUUGAGCCGAGGUAUUUCGGUGUAGUUGGAUAUCCAGCAAAUGAUGAUCACCCAUCACAUGAUAUUGCUAAUGGACAGAAAUUAGUGAAGGAAGUUUAUGAGACAUUGAGGGCUAGUCCACAAUGGAAUGAAACACUUUUUGUUAUUACUUAUGACGAACAUGGAGGAUUUUACGAUCAUGUUAAAACUCCUUAUGGUGAUGUUCCAAAUCCAGAUGGGAAUACUGGUCCUGCACCUUCUUUCUUUAAGUUCGACAGGCUUGGUGUUCGUGUGCCCACCAUUAUGGUCUCCCCUUGGAUCAAGAAAGGAACUGUGAUAAGUAAGCCUAUGGGACCUAAACAAACUUCAGAGUAUGAGCACUCAUCAAUUCCAGCAACAAUAAAGAAAAUAUUCAAUCUAAAAUCCAAUUUUCUAACUCAUAGAGAUGCUUGGGCUGGCACAUUUGAUCAUGUUAUUGGUCAGUUGUCAUCACCAAGAACUGAUUGCCCUGAGAUUUUGCCCGAGGCAUCUCCAUUGAGGAGUACUACGGAAGCAGAUGAAACUCGGGCAUUGUCCGAGUUUCAGAGUGAGGUAGUGCAGCUAGCGGCCGUGCUGAACGGGGACCAUUUCUUGAGCAGCUUCCCACAUGAAAUGGGGAAGAAAAUGAAUGUGAAAGAAGCAACUAGUUAUGUAGGAGGUGCAGUUUCAAGAUUUAUAAGUGCAAGUAAAGAAGCUACUAAGUUAGGAGCAGAUGAAUCUACUAUUGUAGAUAUGAGAUCCUCUCUCACUACUAGAACCUCUGUCCACCACUAGUUUAUUAAUAAAAAUAUAUACUUUUGUUUUUGUGAAUUUUGGCAUCCAUAUAUAUUAUAUAUAGAGAGAGAGUUCAUGUUGCUACUA